GGUUGGUAAGCGCCUGCUCUGUGCUGUAAGUAUGCAACUUGCUUCGCUUCCACGUGAAAUCAUCGAUCAUUGCGCCGCCGUGCCAGUUGGAGGAAACUAAAACAACAACAAAGAUGGAAGAGGUUAUGCUGGAACCAACUCUCUACACAAUCAAGGGGAUGGCCAUCCUCGACAACGACGGCAACAGGAUUCUGGCCAAGUAUUAUGACAAGAACGUGUUUCCCACUGUGACCGAGCAAAAGGCGUUUGAGAAGAACCUUUUUAACAAGACCCACAGAGCAGACGCAGAGAUCAUCAUGCUAGAUGGGCUCACUUGUGUGUACAGGAGUAAUGUCGAUCUUUUCUUCUACGUCAUGGGUAGCUCUUUCGAGAACGAGCUCAUCUUGAUGAGCGUUCUCAACUGCCUGUAUGACUCAAUCAGUCAAAUUCUGAGGAAAAACGUGGAAAAGAGGGUUAUUAUGGAGAACUUGGACAUUGUCAUGCUGGCUAUGGAUGAAAUUUGUGAUGGAGGAAUCAUUCUUGAGGCCGACUCCGGGAAUGUAGUGCAAAGGGUGGCCCUGCGAGCAGAUGACAUUCCGCUGGGAGAACAGACGGUCGCGCAGGUUGUAGAAUAUCUGCUUGGUUAUUGAGGGGUUGAUGGUUGCAAGGAAUUCGGUUGUGCCUCUGUUUCUCUUAAAAGUUUCCUUCCUAUACUAAAGCACCAAAAUAAUAACUCGCCGUUACUCACAUCUAACUCUAAAGAAAAACAAUUAACAUUAAAUAACCAAAGUCGGUGACGGAAAAUGAGAGAAGACUGAGUCUGA